AUGGAUGAAUCAAUAAACAUACCUUCUUGGGCAGAUCAAUCGGGGAGCGAGCUGGUGCAAUCAUCCAAGCCUAAAGGUCCAGGGUCGCAAUGGAAAGCUCUCAACGUGGGACCUGACAUGAUACGCUCACUGCUACUACGAAAGUUCAAAAAUCCUACGCCGAUUCAACGAGCGAGUAUACCUGGAGCUUUGUCAACACCGCCUAGAGACAUCCUCGCGAUGGCUCGUACUGGAUCUGGCAAGACAUUAGGAUACUUGAUCCCGUUACUGGAACGUCUUGGAUCGACGCAUUCUCCAUCAACCAGUCCUCGGGCUCUGAUCAUGUGUCCGAGUAGAGAGCUAGCUAUGCAAAUUCUGACGGUUGGUAAAGAUCUGGCGAGAGGUAUGACCAAAGGAAAGGGGAAGGAAACUGAAAGUCCCAAGUGGGCUCUCAUCAUGGGAGGUGAGAGUAUGGAAGGUCAAUUUGAGAAGAUGUCAAAGAGCCCCGAUAUGUAA